UGCACCGCUACCUGCGCGACUUCUGCGGCUGCCACGUGGCCUGGUCGGGCUCCCAGCUGCGCCUGCCGCGGCCGCUGCCCGCCGUGCCGGAGGAGCUGACCGAGGCCACACCCAACAGGUACCGCUAUUACCAGAACGUGUGCACGCAGAGCUACUCGUUCGUGUGGUGGGACUGGGCCCGCUGGGAGCGCGAGAUCGACUGGAUGGCGCUGAACGGCAUCAACCUGGCGCUGGCCUGGAGCGGGCAGGAGGCCAUCUGGCAGCGGGUGUACCUGGCCUUGGGCCUGACCCAGGCAGAAAUUGAUGAAUACUUCGCCGGUCCUGCCUUCUUGGCCUGGGCACGCAUGGGUAACCUGCACACCUGGGGUGGGCCCCUGCCCCGCUCCUGGCACCUGAAGCAGCUUUACCUGCAGCAUAGGAUCCUGGACCGGAUGCGCUCCUUCGGCAUGACUCCAGUGCUGCCUGCAUUCGCAGGGCAUGUCCCCAAGGCUGUCACCAGGGUGUUCCCUCAGGCCAAUGUCACCCAGCUGGGCAGCUGGGGACACUUCAACUGCUCCUAUUCCUGCUCUUUCCUUCUGGCUCCGGGAGACCCCCUGUUCCCCCUCAUUGGGAGCCUCUUCCUGCGGGAGCUGACCAGAGAGUUUGGCACGGACCACAUCUAUGGGGCCGACACCUUUAACGAGAUGCAGCCCCCCUCCUCGGAGCCCACCUACCUCGCUGCAGCCACCGCCGCUGUCUAUGAGGCCAUGACAGCAGUGGACCCCAGUGCUGUGUGGCUGCUUCAAGGCUGGCUCUUCCAGCACCAGCCCCAGUUCUGGGCGCCCGCUCAGGUCGGUGCUGUGCUGGGGGCUGUGCCCCGUGGCCGCCUACUCGUCCUGGACCUGUUUGCUGAAAGUCAGCCUGUGUACACACGCACCGCCUCCUUCCAGGGCCAGCCCUUCAUCUGGUGCAUGCUGCACAACUUUGGGGGCAACCACGGCCUCUUCGGGGCCCUGGAGGCUGUGAACCGAGGCCCCGAAGCUGCCCGCCUCUUCCCCAACUCCACCAUGGUGGGCACGGGCAUGGCGCCCGAGGGUAUCCACCAGAACGAAAUGGUCUAUGCUCUCAUGGCCGAGCUGGGCUGGCGGAAGGACCCGAUACCAGAUCUGGCGGCCUGGGUGACCCGCUUUGCUGCCCAGAGGUACGGGAUCUCCCACCCAGAGGCAGAGGCCGCGUGGAAGCUGCUGCUCAGGGGAGUCUACAACUGCUCUGGGGAGGCCUGCAGUGGGCACAACCGCAGCCCUCUGGUCAAGCGGCCAUCCCUGCAGAUGAACACCACGGUCUGGUACAACCGAGCGGACGUGUUUGAGGCCUGGCGACUGCUGCUCACAGCCACCCCCACCCUGGCCACCAGCCCGACCUUCCGCUAUGACCUGCUGGACGUCACCCGGCAGGCGGUCCAGGAGCUAGUCAGCCUGUACUACGAGGCGGUGAGGACUGCCUACUUGAGCAAGGAGCUGGUCCCCCUGUUGAGGGCUGGGGGCAUCCUGGCCUAUGAGCUUCUGCCCGCGCUGGAUGAGGUGCUGGCCAGUGACAGCCGCUUCCUGCUGGGCAGCUGGCUGGAGCAGGCCCGGGCAGCGGCGGUCAGUGAGGCUGAGGCUGCCUUCUAUGAACAGAACAGCCGCUACCAGCUGACCCUGUGGGGGCCGGUGGGCAACAUCUUAGACUAUGCCAACAAGCAGCUGGCGGGCCUGGUGGCCGACUACUACACCCCGCGCUGGCGGCUCUUCCUGGAAGCCUUGGUGGAGAGCCUGUCCCAGGGUGUCCCCUUCCAGCAGCGCCAGUUUGACCAGAAUGCCUUCCUGCUGGAGCAAGCCUUUGUCCUCAGCACGCAGAGGUAUCCCAGCCAGCCACGAGGAGACACCGUGGACCUGGCCAAGAAGCUGUUCCUCAAGUACUAUCCCUGGUGGGCGGCCAGCUCUCUGUGAGACACUGACCAUCCUGUGGCUGGGUUUUCUCAGAUUCCAGGCCAGCGCAGGUUCCAGGGCCUGUAGCUAGACAAGCAUCUCAGGAUGACCCCAGACCUGGGGAAGGACCACGGCCUGCUGGGGUCAGGCCUGGGGGAUUGGGAGAGCUGCCCUUUCCCAUUGCCCAAAGUUUGGGAUUAAAGUACUGUUUUCUGCCAAUUUACUAAA